AAAAUAAUCAAUAAUAGUUUUGUAAUCUAAAGUACAAUGUUCAAACGCAAGAUGUCACCUCGUUAUAACAGGAAAUAGACAUCUGCGCAUGCGCAAUUUGAGCAAAAAAAACAGUACGAUAUUGUCGACCAAUAAGAUAAACAUAGAUAAAUUUAGUCAUUUUUGCAUUGUCAACAGUAGAAUGAUGUCACAGGUAGCGACAGUGCCUCAGCCUCUGUUGCCUCCCUGUAGAGUCUGUGGUGAGAGAGCUAGUGGAUUUCACUAUGGGGUAAACACUUGCGAAGCCUGCAAAGGAUUUUUUAGAAGAAGUCUACAUAGAAAGGAGGAUUAUAAGUGUUCGAAUGAAGGAAAAUGCGUUAUAGAACUGACAAAUAGAAAUUCAUGUGCAUCAUGUAGAUAUAAGAAAUGCAUCGGAGUUGGAAUGUCAAAAGACGCUAUCAAGACGGGGCGUUACACUCAUGAAAAGAAAACAAAAGAUAUAGAAGAAAUAAAAAGAAUUCAACGUCAAGUAGAAUUGAAACAAGAUCAAAUUGAAAAUAUUGUUAAUCAAAUUACAGCUGUUCAUUUACAACAAACACCAUAUACAGCUGAAUUUUACAAAAAAAUACCUGAAUUAGAAGAAAGAUACCUUGAACGCAGACAAAUAAAAGAACAGAUGUUCGGACCUUUAAAAAAUCUAUCUAAAGAAGAAUAUAUGCAAAUUUAUCAUUCAACUGGCAUAGAUGUUGAUGGUAGACGGGAAAUGAUAACUCACAUGCUACCAUCAUUAGAAUUAGCAAUAAAAAGAUUCAUUAAUUUCGCUAAAGCCGUACCUGGAUUUAAGGAACUUCCUAUAGAAGAUCAGAUAGCUUUAAUUAAAAAUUCAAAAUGGGAUAUUUGGUUAAUUUCAAGUUACAAAUGCUUUAAUAAUGAAAAAUAUUUAUAUACUACAACGUGUGGACAUACUGUACACAUUGAUGAUGUUAUGAAGGUUCAAAAUCCAGAAUAUUUGGAAAGUGUCUUUCAGUUAAGUAUGAAGUUUAAAUCUUUCAAUCUGACUACAGAAGAAGAAUGUAUGCUGAAAGCUUCAUGUUUGUUAUCAUCAGAUAGAUGUUUUUCAUAUAGUAUCCACAUUUCAAACCGAAUUUCCGAUGCUCAAUUCUGUAUAUAUCUAUGUUUGGAAUAUUUACUCCUCAAGCGAUAUCCGAAGGCUGAAGUACCAAUUAUUAUAGCAAAACUUAUUCGUUUGCUGACGAGAAUGAGAUCAGUUGGCCACAUGUAUCGGUCAGAAGAGAAACAAAUGGUUUCUGAUUACCCCGAUAUUGAAUUUCCAGCAAUUUUUAGAGAAAUGUGGAUGAGUUAGAUGCAAAUUUCAUAAUAGAAAUGCUACAAAGGAAACUCAGUUUACUAUAUUCCAAAUUAGUAAACAAAAAUACAAACAACAAUUUACUUGACAUAGUUUAUUUUUAUUAUUUUUACUGAAAUUUCUAUAUUCAUUUUUAAAAAGUAUUGAUAAAUAAUAUCUUUUGUUUUAUAUUUCAAAAUGUACACUAUAAAAUGUUCUUGAAUGGAUUAUCUUUAACUAUAUAUUAGGAAUCUUAUGAUAAAGUCUUAUUAUUA